CAUAUAUAUGUAUAAUAUUCCAAAUAUUUUCCAAAUAUCUUCGUGGAAAAUAGUUUUGAAAAAACUAUACGUUGAGCGACACUGGCACUAAAGAAAUAUUAGGGAUAAAAAGAUCUGGUUCUUAAACUAUAGGUAUCUUUCUCUCAGCUUCGCUUGAAGCUGUACAUUGUAUUGUAUUACGGCCGGUUUAUAUACAUAUAAUAAAAUUGGAACAUUGAAUCUUCUUUAUUAUUUUUUUUAAUUUUUUCGUGAUUUUCAUGUUUGUUUUAUUAAAUAUGUCCAUAUUAUAUUUUCACUUCAAGAGAGGGCUAUCAUCAUUUAAAUUGAAAACAAUAAUUUAUCGAAACAAUUCAGUGAUAUAGUUAGAUAUAGUUAGUGAUAUAGUUAGAUAUAGUCGUUUCACAUGCAAUUAGUUUCUAUCCGUAUUCAUAGUUAUCUGUCAAGAAUUGUGAAUCUAUAUUUUAGUUUUUUUCAGUGAAAUUAUAAAAUUAUUAUAAUUAUAAAAGUAUACAUAGACACUAUUAUAAAUCGACAAAAAUAAAGUUGUGAGAUUGUGCACAUUUCUGAUACCAGCUUAUCAAUGAUCAUGAUAAACUUGAAUUGCAAAUAUAAAUAUUAAAGUUUUAAAAAAGUAAAGAGGAAAGAGUUUCUUAACAAACUUAAAUGGAAUAAAAAUUUAUUAAUCUGUGCUAAUUAUGGAAACCCGUCAACAACCUGAGCAUAAUUCUUCGUUUGUCAGAGCCACACAAGAACCAAGCCUAAUGUCCAUAUGGUCGACAAGCACUGGACGCAAUUCAGUAUUUGGCGCGGAGGACGGAGCGGUACUCCCCUCCUCGCAUUUGCCGAUACACGUGGCGCGCACACAUCUGCGCAACAUUGACGGCCACUGCUUCCAUAAGCGGUUCCACGAGUGUCAGCACCCGUUGGUUUUUGUCCUACACAGGACUUUUGGCAAGUUCUCCCAUUGGCACCAACGUUGCCAUCUACUUUCGUCAAAGAUGUCACAAUCAGGAGAUGGCCUUCACACGCCGGGUUAUCUCUCUUGGAGAAAAUUACAACUCAGCCGAGCGAAACUUAAAGCGUCAAGCAAGACGUCUGCUCUACUUUCCGGUUUUGCUAUGGUAGCCAUGGUUGAAGUACAAUUGAAUUCCGAUACGAAAGUACCUUCAGAGAUGUUAAUUGCCUUCGCUGUAUGUACUACCUUGCUGGUCGCGGUUCAUAUGUUAGCCCUAAUGAUAUCAACGUGUAUUUUACCAAAUAUUGAAGCUGUAUGCAAUUUACAUAGUAUAAGUUUGGUACAUGAAUCGCCACAUGAACGUUUACAUUGGUACAUUGAAGUAGCAUGGGCAUUUUCCACUUUAUUAGGACUUUUACUAUUCUUAUUGGAAAUUGCUAUACUUUGUUGGGUAAAGUUUUAUGAUUUUUCACAAGUGGCCGCUUGGUCUGCUUGUAUCGUAUUAAUACCAGUACUAAUAAUUUUUCUUGCAUUCGCGAUACAUUUUUAUCGAAGUUUAGUAGCUCAUAAAUAUGAAGUCACAGUAUCUGGUAUAAGAGAAUUGGAGUUACUUAAAGAACAAAUAGAAUCAACUGAUGUUGAGGGUAGGAAUGGUGUAAAUUUGCUACAAACCGCUGGCGUGACACACGUAGUUUGAACAUAAUGAGACAUGAUUUAUGUUACUUUUAAAGUGUGAUAAUCUUUCAUAAUGGAGGAUGGUGAAUCUCUGAUUAUCUGCUCAGGCUGCAAUAUAAACUUAUACAUGUUAUAUAUAUUACAAUGCAAGAUAAAAACUGAUUCAAAAAAUUUGGAAAAUACCAAAAAUAAUUAUGUAUAUAACAAAUUUACAUUAGAUGUGAUUUUUGAAUCAUAUAAGAAAAUAUUCAAUACUUGAAAAACAUAAUAACUUUGAAAGAAAACAAUAAGCGAUAUAAUGUAUUUUUCCCCAUAUUUAUCCACAUAGUGAUGAAUUUUACACGUACUGAAAAAUAAUUUUUGAUGAAAGAGUGUGGGCAUGAAAGCUAAACAUUCCUUUUCUUGCAUAGCGACUUAAUCUAUCAAAAUAACGAUAUGCAGUAAUAUUUAUCAUAUAAUUUUCUUUAGCUAUAACUCAAAAAGCAACAAUUGUGAAUAUAAGUUUAUAUUUUUCGUUGACAAUGCGUGACUAACUCGCGUUGAAUGUACUUAUUAUCUCGUUUAAAAAUAUGCUUCCCGGUAUUAUUCACAAUUUUUACAAUUUUGUUCAUUUAAUUUAUUAUUUUAUAAUCUUAUAAGACGUCCUAUGCUCAAGUGACAUUUCAAGUCUUUUACGCGGAGACAAAAUAAUUUCCUAUUUUAUUGUCUUUGUUGUAUUUAUACUUGGUUGUCAAGUUACUGCCGUCGCUGAAAGAGUAGUAAUUAAUUGUACAUAGUUUUUAUUGCGAACAAAUGAUUUGUUGAUAAAAAAAAAUAUGCAAAAUUAAAGUACUUUUGCUACAAUAAAUUAUAUAAUAACAUCGAUUCAGUUUGUAUUAUGUAUUAUUUUAAAAAAUAAAUAUAUUUAUUUAUAAAACAGAAUUUAAACAAAAA